GCAAUUCACUCACUUUCUUUCAGUUCUCCUCCUGUAGCAUAUGAGGUGUCUGUCUGUCCUCUGAAGAGGAAUUACCUAAAAGUCUAGAAGAGAGAGUAAAGCUUUCCUAAGAAGUCAUGGAGGUGCUGGUGCUGAUCGACUUUGAGGGCAUGAUGGGAGAUGAGAUGACGGUGCAGGUGGGAGACGUGGUGACGAGCGUCACCAAGCCCAGCGAGGAGGGCUGGCUGGAGGGGGAUCUGAGGGGCAAGAGGGGCAUCUUCCCCGCUAACUUCGUCAAGGAGGUGCCAGUGUAUUUGAUAGGUGACAGCAAGAGGGAACCAAGAAGCCUACGGAAAUCAAGGAUGAUUAAACAAACAAGGAAGUGUGAGGUGGCCUUUGCCUACAGUCCCUUGAAUGAGGAUGAGCUGGAGCUGGUUGUCGGGGAGACCAUUGAGAUCCUCAGAGAGAUUGAAGAUGGGUGGUGGAUGGGAAUGAAAAGUGGUAAAGUGGGAGCGUUUCCAUCAAACUUCACUAAAGAGAUAUUUGUCUCUCCAAAAGAUGUUAAGCAUAACGAGAGCAAAACCAGACCCAAACUCUCAGAUACAAUGUUCAGUAAAGAGCUACCUCAGAGGACGAGUGUGAGGAACAAAACAAAAAAUGUGAAAGAAUGUUGUCAAGUCAUGUUCGACUACGCAGCCUUGACCGAGGACGAGUUGAAUCUUAAGAAGGGAGACAUUGUUACAAUCAUCACCAAGGAAUCAGAGGACGAGGGCUGGUGGGAGGGAGAGCUGAACGGACGCAGAGGUUUUUUCCCCGACAACUUCGUCAUGGUGAUACCGACGAUAGACGGUCUCCAAUCUGGGAGCACCAGCCAACCACCUGCGCGCCGUGGCACGGAAAGACGCUCAGUCAAGGCAGAGGGUUCAGCGAUGGAGAAGAGCAGCCCCACAAAAGCAAAAGAUGAGAAACCAGAGACUAAAGACCUGAGGAGCAACCCCCCAACCAAAGUCAAGCUCCCUGCUCCAAGUAGACCUGCACUACCACCUCCAGUGAAGCACAAGCCUCAGAAGUUCGGUUGUAGCAAAGACAAUGGCGAUCUCCCUCCACUUUCCCCAAAAUGUACAGAGGAGAGCAACUCGGACCAGUUUGACGGAGUGGAGGUGUCCCCUGAGAAACUGAGUCACCCCACAGCCAACAGAGCCAAACCCCCACAGAGACGACCCCCAUCAGCCCUCGUCACCGGUCCACAGGCUCUGAGUGGCAGGGACCAGACGGAUGCAGAAAAAUCGCCUAAACUGCUGAAGGUUGCAGAAAGUCAUUCACCACCAUCCAAGCCUGAACAUCCUCCCAAGAAUCCGGUAGGCUCUGGUAAUCCGGUAAUCUCCAGGCUAGCGCUACCCAAGACUAUAGUGGAGGCCAGAGCAGCCCAGGAGGAGAAGCCUUGUCUGGACAGCCUACAAGCUGAGGUCAGGGAGCUGAAGAUUGCUCUGGAGCUGCUGCAAAACAGACACGAACAAGACAUACAGGAACUGAAAGAGGAACUGAGAGACGAGAGAAACAAACGUGUGGCUCUGCAGGAGGAAGUACAUGGUCUUAGGACUAAACAUUCAUCCUAACUGACACCAUGAUCGGGCAGUACAUCUACAUAAGGCUCUGCUAUGUCAUUCCCUUGAAAACAAACUUGAAAGGAAAUUAAAAUCUUCCUGACGUUGGAGUGCAAGAGGGGAUGAAAACGAUGCAUGUCUGCUUCCUCUGCAGGCAUACCAGCUGCGGCCACAUUAAGGCCUGGAAUCAAUCCGUAUCCCUGAAGUAUCGUGGAAGUUCUCCUUUAUAGCUUGAUAAAAAAUUUGAAAGCAAUGUUCCUGCAUUUGUGUUUACGGUAAACACUCCAUCGGAAAUUACCUUUAAAAGGAUACUUUGGGAUUUUGGAAAGUCUACUUCCCCGGAUUCAGAUGAACCCUUGGAUACCAUUUUCAUGUCUCUGCGUGCAGUUAGAAGGAAUUUGCUAACUAGCGUAAGCGCAAUUUCUAACUAGCGUUGGUGCAAUGACCUGAAGUAUCUACUAGCAUGCUAGUAGACACCAUAGACUUCCAGCCAUUGUCCUAACUCUAGUUAGCAUUGGCUCGCAAAACUACCUCUAACCUUGAGUUUAUCUGACUCUGGGGAAAUACACAAAGGUCUUCAUUGUCAAAAUCCCGAAGUAUAACUUCACAUUUUAACUUCCGCGAUACUUUCGCGAUAACGAUUGAAUCCAGCCCUAGAUUGUGGUCAGCCAUUUUGUUUGAGGGCAUUCUGGACUUGAUUGGCAAGAGACCAAGUGAAUUGACCAAAAUGCUUUGUAUACAUCGACCAAAAUACCUUGUAGCCGGGAUUUAACUUAAGGUGGGUUAUAGCGUAGUGCACAAUACAACUGACAAUGUGUCUUUUAAGGGACUUUUACCCAACGUUUAAAUGGUAAAUGCUGCACACGUUGGACCUAAAUCACUUUUAAAAGUAUGUUAUAGUGUGGCGUGCUUUAACACGUUGCAUUGAAUCCCGGCCUUUGGGUAGAAAAUGUGUUUUAUUUUAUAUUGAUGAUAUUGUAUAUUCAUUGAAAGAACAACAUCACCCAACAAUACAGAGGACUGGUUUUAUACAUCGAAUGUGGGCCAUGUUUCUCAGUGCUUAUUUUUCUCUAAAAGCAUAUAUCUUAUUUUUUGGGGUAUGUUUGGGAAUAUUUUGAAGCAUAGUGUUUGGGGAACAUGAGUCAACUGAACAAACUACUUGUAUCUUUUGUGCAAACUGCCAUUGUAUAUAAGAGUAACUAUUUUAUGUAUUUUUUAAAAUAUGAAAUAAUACUCCAGUGAUUUAGCAAUAUUUUGCAACUAUUCUGCAAUGCUGCAUGUGUCCAUUGGGAGGCACUUUUGUUCUACUGUUGUUAAUUCAGUGCUGCAUUGUAGUUGACUUUCAGUCCACAAAAACAAAACUAUAUUAGUUAAUUCUGUAUAAAUGUACCCUUUUCUCAUUUUUGGAUAUGUUUUUUAGAUUAGGUGCUAAAGUGAAUCUAAUUAAAACCUUGAAAAUACAAACACACUGAAAUGAAGUGAUCCGCAGUGAAGCAUGUCAGUAUUAUACUUUUGCAGCUGGAUAAAAGUGCGCCAGUCACACCAGAACAUUAACUUAUAGCAUACUGAAACUGAAAACAAGUUGACUUGUCACAAGUAACAAAAAAAUAGAGGAUGAAGGAAGAAAAACAAGGAGAUAUUUACUAUCGGAUAUUUGAUGAGAUUUGAUGAUCAGUAUUUGUUGUUUAGAGCUUUGGCUUCUCUUGAGUGAGCCCAAUAGAUCUGUUCCCCCCAUCUCAGCAUUGGCGACAUGCUUCUGGCAUGGUCCGGGAAGUCUGUGAGCUGGAAAGCACAUCUGGAGAGCAUCUGGAACACAUUACAGAGAGUGGGCUUCUGAAACUGCCAUGGGAACAAACUAUUUUUAAAAAUGGCAUUGAAUACACGUGAUGGAGUGCAUAUUCCCUCUCCGGCUAAAACUGCUAGUGUAACGUGAAAUAAACUAAAGUAAAUAAAUAGGGUUUGUUGGUACGGCAGUAUUUUCAUAAUUUAUUUCACAUUAGGCCUAUUGAAAGUGACCCUUCAUCCGUAUGAAACUGCAAAGACAACUGAAAACUGUACUUCAUAAAACAUAUUUGAUAGGUCAGUAAUCAUAACUGUUACAGCACAGGCAUUUCCAUUAAACACAUCCAUUGUGCAACUUCAUGAAACUCCAUAAUCAUCCAAAGAGAGAAUAGACAGCCUUUUCAUUAGUCCAGAGCAAUCUUUUUUAGAGGGAAACAGUUACUGUAAAAGAGGAGCGAUUUGAGAGAAGAGAAAUGGUAUCGGCGCGAGGCACGGAGCCAGAAAUAAGACAUGGAGGAGGGUCAAAGGUAAACUAAAAUUAGCCUUAAUAAAAAAGGGUCUGAUACAGACAGAAAGAGAACAGUUUUCCUCGCUUCUGUGAGCAUGCACAUUUGUGGCCUGCUGGAGGUCAUUUUGCAGGGCUCUGGCAGUGCACCUCCUUGCACAAAGGCGGAGGUAGCGGUCCUGCUGCUGGGUUGUUGCCCUCCUACGGCCUCCUCCACGUCUUCUGAUGUACUGGCCUGUCUCCUGGUAGCGCCUCCAUGCUCUGGACACUACGCUGACAGACACAGCAAACCUUUUUGCCACAGCUCGCAUUGACGUGCCAUCCUAGAUGAACUGCACUACCUGAGCCACUUGUGUGGGUUGUAGACUCCGUCUCAUGCUACCACUAGAGUGAGAGCACCGUCAGCAUUCAAACGUGACCAAAACAUCAGCCAGGAAGCAUAGGAACUGAGAAGUGGUCUGUGGUCACCACCUGCAGAAUCAUUCCUUUUUUGGGGGUGUCUUGCUAAUUGCCUAUAAUUUCCACCUUUUGUCUAUUCCAUUUGCACAACAACAUGUGAAAUUUAUUGUCAAUCAGUGUUGCUUCCUAAGUGGACAGUUUGAUUUCACAGAAGUGUGAUUGACUUGGAGUUACAUUGUGUUGUUUAAGUGUUCCCUUUAUUUUUUUGAGCAGUGUAUAUAUGGAAACAGGAUGCACCUGAGCUCAAUUACGAUUAUCAUAGCGAAGGGUCUGAAUACUUAUGUAAUUAAGUUAUUUCAGUUUAUUUUUAAUUUUAUAUAUUUGCUAAAUAAAUCAAAAAACUUGUUUUUGCUUCGUCAUUA